GUUUGUUACUGAAAUUUUUAGUUGACUAUAAAUAAGCAUUUGAAAAACUGGGUUAAGAAACCAACCUAAUCAAACCCUAAUUUCAAUUUGAAUAUGUUACUAAUUGAGUAAAAAUCGAAACAUGGAAUGACAAUUCUCUUCUCUGUGAUUAUAGUUUUCCCAAAUUCUUUGUUUUUCAAUUCUUGAAACUUCAAUUUCUAUUUCACUCCAACAAUUAGAAUCGCCAAUGGUGGAUCAUCGCGAAUCACCAAUGGUGGUUAUCUCCGAUAGCAAAGAUGAUUAUUCUGUAUUUCCCCCAAUCAAUCACGAGAAUCUCAAUCUGUUAACAAACCACCAAAUGUCAUUUUCACUAUCACAAUCACAAUCGCAAUCGCAAUCGCAAUCACCCCCUUCUUCUUCAUCUUCUGAUUGUCACAUGUCGGGUGAAUAUUCUUCUCUCCCGCCACCGCUCGAUUCUAGCCUCCGGAAAGGUGGCGACUUUAUCGGGUGGAUGAGCAUUGGCUUCCAGAUCUUGCGUUCUAAGUUCUUUUCCGCGGUUUCAUCUUUCCGGAACCCUGGAGGGGCAAUUCGGUCAUAUGGGUUACCAGCUGCCAUCGUCGUGAUUAUCAUCGUGAUGUUGAUGAAGAGGAAGGAGAGUAGGAGGAACCUCACACCCAAUGAGUCUCGUCUUCUGCAAAUCAUUAUGGAGAAAGACGGGAAAAUUGCCCAACUUUUGCACCAGAUUGCACAAAUGAAUGAAAUACUGAUAGAUAGUCACAAAGCUUUGGCUGGAAAAGUGGUUAAAUGAUUGGCUUAGGUUUGUGAACAUGGUAGCUAUUGUAAAGCACAUUCCUGAAGAGCUUUUCCGUCUGCUGAUACUGUCUUUCUUCGUUACGCUUUGAACUUACAUUUGUACUUUGCAAACUUGAGGUUUUUAUCAUUAAUAUGGAAAAACUAACUGUCCUCAAGCUAGCAUGAUUUGUGAAUGAUCGAUCCGCUCAGUGGAAAACCAUGGAAUAUAGGCAGGGAAGCUACUUGAGCACACUCUAAGUCUAACUAUACUAGUUUAGCACAUGUUUCAUUUGUACAAACUCUUGAUAUCAAAUUGAUGACUCCAGCAUUAUUGUUUAGCUUUAGGAAAGUCUUUAACUUUGUUUUCUUGGACAAAAGUCUUAAAUUAUUGCUGUUAGAAAGAGGCUCAAUUUUGUUUUA